GAAGACGUUAAGUCAAUACAAUGACGUGACAUGACAAUUAUUUAAUUGCCUUUUUAGUAGGCAUGGAAAAUGUAUGCCGGAGAAUCAUCACCUGCAGUUAGUCAUCGACGCGACUCGGAAGCAGGCUUUUAACACUAAAAGGAUCGAGUUUUGCGCCACCAACGGGCAUUUGAUCCGUAAAUAUUUCACCCCUGCUAAAAUCUAUUGCGGUUAUAUCAUUUGUCUGUGCAAAAUAGUUUUGACGUAACAGUGUUCGUGGUUAGCUUUCUCCAGCUAAAAAGGAAGGCUUCUUAAAUGUCCCGCGGAGCAGUUGUUUUUGGACUUUUUUUGGUCUUUGAGAGCUUUGGAAACACAGUUAAAGGUGACCAGUGUUCCUCUUAUGAGACGUUGGACACAAUCAUAGGAAAUUGUCAGCGACUUCUUAUCAACAGCGGUGCUGUGGACCGUUGCUUUACAUUGAAAUUCAAUAUUCGUUAUUAUCGGUACCGUGUCCGCAAUCGGUACCGUGUCCGCAAUCAGCACCGUUUGCAUCGGUAUUGUAGUUUAUGUCGAUCAUGGUGCCAAUACCUCGCUUCAUGUCGCCACCAAAAUUGGAAUUGGUGGAAUCAUUGCAGAUUGAAGUUUAAGUAUUAUGAACAUUUCGACAUCACUACCCUCGCUGGAAGAAAAGACCUGCCGCUUCUAAGAAUUGAUGUAAACUUGUGCAAAACAAUUCCCCAUCAACCUUCAAGGAACCGUCCCUAUGAUAAAAUUUUUACCAUCAACAUAACCGAACAUAAAAGCGGAUCGGCAAACAUCAGAAAUGAAAGCUCACUGGAAAUUGAUAAUGAAUUUGAUGACGAUGGAGACGACUUGCUGACAGAGAUGAUGAAAACCGUUCAACAGAGAGACUCUGGGCAGGGUGCAGUAGGACUUUUUGAUGCUCGGAUCCAGCAGUAUUUAAACGAAUCAUUCAGUGCAGGUAGAAACAUGACCCAGCAAGAAAAGAUGAGAGAGGUUUAUCUCGCAUCCAUUGCAUUGGAGCAAUUCAUGUUAGAGUUUGCUCAGUAUCACCUUAAUCACACAACACCUCAGAUCGAGCUCAACAGCAAACAUGUUGAUUUGCAACUCAGGAGAAUUUCCUAUCAAAAUGAGAGCCAAUUUCAUCUCCAAGAAACAAAAGGACAGAACUUUGUUCGAAUUCCUGCAGAAAACUUCCACAACGGUUCAGUGGUGCUGGGGGUGAUGUACAAAGAUCUUCAUCAAAUCUUUCUCACAAAACACUCUGACACCCAGUACGAAAACAGAACCAGACAUCUCAACACCAUCAUAAUGUCUGCAACAAUAUCUCCUCGGCCAAUGACGCUGAAAGAAAAUGUAACCUUGGCUUUCAGGAACUUGGAGGAUGCGACUUUGAAUAGAAACUGCGUGUUUUUAAACAUGUUAGAAACCAGCCCCGUAAGUUGGUCAGAACAAGGAUGUCAUGUAAAGUCGAUGGAUAACGCAGAAACAGAAUGCAGCUGUAGUCAUUUGACUCAUUUCGCUGUUCUGAUGCAGUUUGAUACUGGGUCUGAAGAUGACACUAUAUCUGAGACAGAUAAGAAAGCCCUGGAAAUCCUCACAUACCUGGGUCUGACGCUUUCUUUGAUUGGAAUCAGCCUGACAAUUCUCGGCUACGUUUUUCUCACAGACAUGAAAGGACCUUUAUCCCAGAUCCGAGUGAGUCUUGUGGCGUCCCUUGGUGCAGGACAAAUAAUAUUUCUUGCUGGAAUUGGUGCUACUGAAAACAAGGGAACAUGUGUCACAGUAGCAGCACUUGUGCAGUACUUCCUCAUGGCCGCUUUCUGUUGGAUGCUCGUCGAGGGAAUCUACCUUUACUUGUUUAUUGUUAAAGUUUACAACGUUAGCAACAAACUGAAGAUUUGCCAUGGAAUGUCAUGGGGUUUCCCUGCUCUCGUUGUUGCCUUAUCAUUGAGUAUCGCUGCAGGAAAAGAUGGGGUCGAGGGUUUCGUCAGUGAUGAAUACUGCUGGAUGUCUUCUGCUAACAAUCUGAUCUGGAUAUUUAUCGUGUUUGUUGUGCUGAUUGAACUGUUGAACGUGCUGAUCCUCGUUCGAGUUGUUAAGGAGAUGACAAGAAUGCAACAAGCAAAAGAUAGCAAGACGGAACAGAUGAGACUUGGUAUUAGAGCUUGCUUGUUAUUGGUUCCAUUGUUGGGGCUUACGUGGUUGUUUGGUCUUCUGUCACAGUUUCAUAAAGCAUUCGCCUACAUUUCCACGAUCUUCAACACAACUCAGGGUUUCCUGAUUUUUUUCCUUCACUGCGUGAGAAACACCGAGAUCAGAGCCCGCUUCAAAAGGAAGAUUCAUGUGAUUUUCCCAGAUAUUACAGAUGGCUCUGGGAUAAAUAGCAGUGCAAGCGCCAAUGCCUCACUAAAGAAAAUUGAAGUUAAGCCGUCUAACACGAACAACAAGGUAGAUGAUCGUACAGGUGGUAAUGCCUCGAUAAACAAGAUUGAAGUCAAGCCCCCUAACAUACACAGGAACAGCAAGCUAGAGGAAGGUGCAAACGCCAAUGCCUUGCCAAAAAAGACUGAAGUCAAACCGUCUAACAAGAACAGCAAGUUAAAUGACAGUACCGGCGGCAAUGCCUUGCUAAAGAAGACAGAAGUUAAGCCUUCUAGCCGCAACAAUAAGUUAAAUGGCAGCACCAGCGCCAGUGCCCCGCUAAAGAAGACUGAAGGUAAGCCCUCUAACAAGAACAGCAAGUUAAAUUACAGCGCCAAUGGCAAUGCUUCGCUGAAGAACACUGAAGUUAAGCCGUCUAACAGGAACAACAGGUUAAAUUACAACACCCGCGCCAAUGCGUCGCCAAUGAAAACUGGCGUUAAGCCCGCCAGCAACAACAGCAAGUCUAAUGUAGGUGGCCGCAACAUAAAAACAUAACUUUACUUCUGUGUAAAGCUGACGCGAUGCUGUCGUAAAUUUCUCAUUCAGACGGCUUUACGCUACCUGAACGUUUUUUAAAGGUAUACUCUCUUCCUUAAAGAGACUAAUGCUGACCUUUAACCACAGUUUAGUUAUAGUGUACAUAAAACUUGAUAACCAACCUCAAGGAGGUUUAAUCCAGCUUCAAAUAUUCGUAAAUCUCUAGGAUAUUCUCAAGUUGCGUGCGGAUAUCAUAUCCUGAUUUAGACUGACUCCGUCAAGAAGGAAUAUUAGAUAGAGGAUAUUACACGGUGGCGAGAAGAUAUGAAUUUUAUGUUCGAGUGGCAAGAACAUAAAAUUCAUA